CCCAGAGGGCUGAGCACCCCUAAGGCAGCCCCAUGUUGGCCCCGCUGCUGCUCUGGGCUGUCCUCCUCCAGUGGGCGUGCGGCAGGGGCGGCAGGAGCUGGCAGCACUGCACAGAGCUGCGCCCGCUGGAUGUGCUGGCAGAGCUGUUUCCUGGCAGUGGCUCAGCCCGUGGUGUGCGGGUGCUGCAGGCACAGGGGCUGAGCGGCCUCCAGCUCCGCAGCUCACGGCCCCGUGCCCUGGCCUUCCCCGCAUCGCGCCUCUUCCUGCACUGCGACCGCUUCCCCGAGGAGUUCUCCAUCAUCGUCACCCUGCGGGUGCUCGCCGUCCCCACCAAGAGGAACGAGUACAUCUUCACAUUGAUGGCGGAGGAGAGCCCUGGUGUGCUGGUGGGGCUGCGCUACUCACCCAGCAAGCUGCAUUUCCUCUUCUGGAGCCCGGAGCACGCUGGCGGCUGGCAGAACCGCGUCACCUUCCGCAACGUCUCCCUGGCCGACAGCCGCUGGCACACACUGGUGCUGGCUGUCUCCGGACAGUCCUUCUCAUUGUCAGUGGACUGUGGCCUCCCCAAGGACGUGGUGGUGGAGACGCCGUUUCCUGCUUCUCUGUCGGUGAAGAGAGCCAGCUUCUACCUGGGCAACAGGAGGAGGAGGAAAGGCUUCUUCACGGGCCUGCUGAGGCAGCUCGUCCUGCUGCCAGGAGCUGAUGCCACCCCUCACAUCUGCACAGCCAUGAACUAUAAAGCCACAGCACUCUCCAUCCCUGCGGUUCUCCAGGAUGUCCCAGUGAAGGCAGUGAGCAACGAGGUGCUGAAGUACCCACAUGGAGCCAACAUGAAGGUGACCCUGGGCUCCCGACCACCCUGCACCAAGCAGGAGAAGGCACUGUUCUGGUUCAACGCCUCCCGGAGAGGGCUGUACCUCUGUGAUGGCAGUGCCUGGAUCUCCAUGCUGGAAGGUAAUGAUCACUUGAGUCCAACAGCGGGGCUAUUGAGUUUAAAUCUGACUCUUUUCUGUGCUCUCCCAGUCAAGCAGCGGCUGGACUAUGUGGAGGAGUACCAGGACCUGGUGACCAACUCCGAGACGAUGGGCGUUGAGGUCUUCACCAUCCCAAGGGUGGGACUGUUUGCAGCCACUGCCAACCGGCACAGCCCCCCUGGAUCAGCCAUCUAUAAGUGGACUGAUGGGAAGUUUGUGCUCUACCAGAACAUCCCCACCUACCAAGCUCAGUCCUGGAAGUAUUUCACCAUAGGCAAAAAGAUCUUCCUAGCAGUGGCUAAUUUUGAGCAGAAUGACAGGGGUCAGGAGUUCUCUGUAAUAUACAAGUGGAGCCACAGGAAGGAGAAAUUCAUCACCUAUCAGAGGAUCACCACGCACAGCGCGAGAGACUGGGAGGCGUUUGUCAUUGAGGGAGAGGCUUUCCUUGCAGUGGUCAACCACAGAGAAGGGAAUAACCACAACAUAGACAGCGUGAUAUACAGGUGGAACCCCAGCACGGGGCUCUUUGAAACCAACCAGACAAUCCCAACAUCUGGAGCCUAUGACUGGGAAUUUUUUGCUAUUGGGCCUUAUUCCUUCCUGGCCGUGGCCAACACAUUUAAUGGCACAUCCACAAACAUCUACUCUCAUAUCUACAUCUGGCUCAGUGGCUCUUUCCAGCUCUUCCAGUCCAUCCUGACAUUUGGGGCUGCCGACUGGGAGGUCUUCCACAUUGGGGACAGAGUCUUCCUGGCCGUGGCCAACAGCCACAGCUACGACAGCAGGAUCCCAGCACCUUCUAACUUCUAUGCCAUCAACUCCUCCAUCUAUGAGUUGAACAUCACUGCCCAGAUGUUUGUCAAAUUCCAGGACCUCCUCACCUACAGUGCCCUGGACUGGGAGUUCUUCUCAGUGGGAGACGACUCCUUUCUGGUGGUAGCAAACUCCUUUGAUGGCUUCACCUUCUCCAUUAACAGCAUUAUUUACAGGUGGCAAGGCUACGAAGGCUUUGUGGCAGCUCACCACCUCCCCACCGUUGGCUGCAGAGACUGGGAGGCAUUUAACACCUCAGAGGGCUCCUACCUCCUCUACUCCAGUGCCAAGGAGCCCCUUUCCAAGGUGCUCAAGCUGAAAACCACCUGAGGUGCCCAAGGCACGCUCAGCUCCUUGCCAGGAUGGGAGUGGGCUGAGCACUGAGGUGAGGAUGGACCGAGGCACGUUGAGAGCCUGGGGACAGCUGCAGUAUCCGUGGGGCUGUGCGUGCCACAGGACAGAAGGAUGGGAGCUCCCAGGUCAGCCAUCUCCAGCCAAGGGUCCCAGAGCUCUACUAUGGUGGCUGGAGCUCGUGCAAAGCUGGGGCAGAAGAAGCCUGAGCAGAGCGUGUGCUGCUGGAUCGGGUGCAUGGUGUUGGGAGGAAAUGAUGUGUGAGAAGUUGGGGAAGUGCUGGCUUCAGGCUGGAUCUGGAUGCCCAGCGCUCAGGGCCACAGUGUGUCCCAUGCUCUGUGUCCAGCUGCAGGCUGUGUCUGCAGGCUGAGCAACGUGUGUGCAUGGGGCAAAGCCACGGAUGUGUGCUGCAGGUGGGUGUUGUGUCACUGUCAGCACGGUGCACAUGGCAGGGCAGGCCACCCUGACAUUGGCACUCAUACAAAGGGUUUUGGAGAUGUGUGCUGGCACAUCACCAGCAUCCACUGCCCAGUCUGAUGCUGGUCUUGCACCCUUUUGCAAAGGGUUGGGGAUGCUUUUCCUUGCCUUUAUCUGGGGGAAUCUUUUGCUUAACCAGAGCUCAAAUAAACUGCUGCACCCCCCACAAGCUGUGGCUA